AUGUUCUUAUUAAAUUGUUUCAAAUCAAGAAGAAUGAUGAAAUUAUCAAUCCUGUUAUCUUGCAUUUCCGUUCUGGGUUCAAUUUACUUGUGUUAUAUUUUAUUUUUUAUUCUCAAAGAUAUUUGUCUUGUGUGUUUGUCUACAUACGCUGUAAACAUUUUUAUUUGUUACUUGUCAUGUAAACGUUAUGGAAAUGAAAAUUUUGUAAAGAAAUUGUCAUGA